CUUGUGCAUGUUCCGGGAAGCGUGGUAACCUCGAGGAGUGUGAUUUAUUUUCUCCGCUUUUCUGUUGUUUUCUUUGCGUUUUAAAAGUCGGGCGACGUUCAGCAGUUACGAAAACCAAGCAUCAACGUAACUCGUCCGACUUUAAAGUCUCUCACGGCGAAAACUUCGACGUUUCGAGUGGUAAACGUGGCGUGUACCUCCAUUGAAACCGGACGAUCAUGGAAACCGCAGAUAGUGACCUAACCGGAGAAAAACAAAGCGAAGGACGGUCAUCAGUUCAAGAGAGAUCAUCAGCUGAGAACAGUCCAUCUGCUAGUCCAAAUAAACCUGACCCGAGGCCUGAGCAGAGAAAGACGUUAUUUACAAAAGGAAAGAAACGGAAAAAGCCUGACAAGGAUUUGAAUGCACCUAAAGCCCCUCUCACAGGAUAUGUGAGAUUUCUGAAUGAACACCGCGAAAAAGUGCGAGCUGAAAAUCAAGAUCUUCCAUUUCAUGAGGUCACCAAAAUCCUCGGAAAUAUGUGGAGCCAGCUACCAUCUCAGCAAAAGCAGGGUUAUCUUGAAGAAGCAGAAAAAGAUAAAGAACGAUACAUGAAAGAGCUGGAACAGUAUCAACAGACUGAUGCUUACAAGAACUUUGUGGCCAGACAAAAGGCAAUGAAAAAAGGUGAUGGAGAGGGUGUCAAUGGUACAGAGGGUGGAAAUGAUGACUUGUUUUGCAGUGCAUGUAACUUGUACUUUAACUCGCCUCACAACAAACGUGAACACAUGUCUGGGAAGAAGCACUUCGCAGUCAUUUCCUCACAGAUGGACAGAUCGGAGAAACACAUUGAAAAAACAAAUGGUAAAGAUGUACCAGAACCGAAAAAAGUGGAAGAGUCUUCUGAGUCACAAUCACUCCAGGUUCCUUUGGAUGGUGAUAUUCCAAUUUUUACAGAAGAGUUCUUAAACUACAAUAAAGCUCGUGAAAAUGAACUGAGGAAGCUGAGGAAAGUGAACACAGAGUUUGAGGAACAGAAUGCCAUUCUUAGCAAGCACAUAGAAAAUAUGAAGAAAGGUAUUGACAAACUGGAAGGAGAAAGGAAAGAACAACAGAGUGAAAUUAAUGCUCUACAAAGACACCUGGCCAAGUUGCGGCAAGUCAUCUCCCGUAGCUUUAUUGAUAUUCAAAUUCCAGGAGAAGCAGAUCCAAUAACCUUGGAAUCAGUAGAUUCAUUUGUAGCAAAACUGCAGCAAUACAUUCAAGAAAAUAGUAAAGAAAACUUGGAGUUAACAUCUAAAAUAAAAGACAUCAUCGCCUCCCUGGACUACCCGAAUUGCUUAAAAGAGCUGAACAGCUGAUGGUGCUGUGCUGUGUACAUACCACACUUACAUUAUCUGCAGUUACUUGCUUGGUUCACUUUUUUCCAAUAAUAUUGUUGUGCAAGUGAAGAGUAGCUUCAGUAUGCUAAGAAAUGUUAUACAUAUCGUCUUGCGAUGUGGGAUGGGAGUUCUACUAUUUACAAAUCGUCUCACUCGUGAAACUUGUGAAACAGAAACCAAGAGCCAGUUACAAAGCUUACUUCUCAGUUGUUUUUUGUGUAGGAAGUUUUGUUUGGAGAGUUUUUUCCCGGGAGAUGAAUUUAGCUGGAGAGAAUGAACAUUGUCAACUAUUUUUAUCAUUAGUGUACAUGUUCUAGGUCACACAGUUUUAUUUUGUUGAACAAUACACAAGUGACGAGAAGUCAACUGAAUGGAAGCCAUCAUCACCACUCAGAUAAUGUGCAGUAAAGGCAUCCACGGCUGAAUCUCAAUUGAUACACUUGAUUGACCCUCAAUUAAGACUCGAUUGACAUCGUGAUCAACAUUUGAUCAAAAUCUCGAUCUCGGUAGUGGUUGAGGGUGUUGAUCGACACUCGACCAUGGAUGCCUUUAGUACACCUGAUUCUAGUGUCCUUACAAAAAAGUGGUUAUUGUUCUAGUUAGAGUUGGUAACGAUUUAUUAUGUCGUUUACUCAAAGGAUAAUCUCCUGUGCAUGUUGACAGAGCUCUUUAGAAACUGAAUUAGUUUUUCACUGCAAAUGUACAUUUUCACAAAUAAAAAUGUUAGGAAAAAUUUGUAUGAGAAUUUAUUGCAAGUGAAAAAGAAAUGCUUGUAAAAAUGUCAAAGCUAAUUGGUUUUGUAUGAUGAAAGUUCUUGUCAAAAUAUUUGCAUUGUAUUGAGUUUGUAAAUACUUAGUUAUUGAGGAAUUACCUGUACUAUCUUUAGAGACAUUCUAUUAAUUUUCAUAAUGGUAACAAUAAUUGUGCUAUUUGAAACAUUGUAUCUAUUUAUUGGUUGUGGUCUCCAGUUUUCUAGAAAAGAAUGCAGAAUUUGUAGUAUUGAUAGUU